AUGGAGGGGAGUCAGCGCCAAGCUAGAGCUAUUGGCACAUAUGAUCAACCCAAUAUACAUGGGAGUAGGCUGGGUAUUAGGGCAUCAGUUGUGGAGAACAACAACUUUGAGAUCAAAUCCAGCUUGAUCAACAUGAUAGAGAACAACAAGUAUCAUGGUCUUGCUUUGGAGGAUCCACUUGAUCACCUGGAUCAAUUUGACAAGUAUUGUGGCUUGUCAAAAACAAAUGGUGUCUCUGAAGAUGCCUUCAAGCUGAGAUUGUUUUCAUUCUCUUUGGGAGACAAAGCCCACACAAGGGAGAAGAACCUUCCAAGUUUAAGUGAAGCAUGGGAAAGGUUAAUAAGCUACUGGUCUCAAUGCCCACAUCAUGGUUUCACCAAGGAGAGUUUGCUCAUUACCUUCUAUAGAGGAGUUUUACCUAAGUUCAGAAGCCAGCUGGAUACUGCUAGCAAUGGUUUCUUCUUUGGGAGGAAUGAAGUAGAUGCUGAAGAGCUUGUAGAGAAUAUGGCUCAGAGUGAGUCAGUCUACAGUGAUGACCAUGACAGGAGCAAUAGAGACAGUGGAGGAGAUGAUCAGAACACAAGGAGAGAGUUGAAAGCUUUACAAGAUAAGAUGGAUUUGCUUCUUUCAGACAGAGCCAAACAAGAGGAAGUAAACUUUGUUGGUGAACAUAAGCAAGAGGAGAUAGUUGUGGUUAACGAAGUUGAUGGUCUAGAAGGUCAAGAAGAGGCUUUGGAGAAUCAGUUUACCUCUAUGACUUCAACCUCCAAGCGCCCAAUGGGAUCUUUACAAGGGAAAUCAGAGUACCACCCUAAAGAGUAUUGCAAUGCUAUCCUCUCUAAUUCUUCUGAGAUUGAGUUUAGUGAUCAUAGGAAAGAAGUAGAGCUUGAAAAACUCUUGUAUGGAACAGAAGUUGUUGCCAAGGUUGAAGCACAUAUUGUGGAGAAGGUUUUCCAACCAGUUAGACACAAGGCUGAGAAACAGGUUAUUGGGAAAGCUGUCACGCAAUUGAAAGAGGUUCAGCUAGAAGAAGCUAAUGCAGUUGAGCAAUCACCUUAUGACAAGCUCUCAUUUCCACAACGGUUCCUCACUAAAGCUCAAAAGAAGGUGAUUUCUAAGUUCAGAAAAGACAUGAGAGAAGUAGGAGUCAAGCUUCCACAGAUAUCGAAUAUGCAUGAUGCUCAUGUCCAAAUGAUUCUCAUCAAGGACAUUCUAGCUCACAAAGAAGAAAUAGGAGAGCUCCUAGACAUCUCUACUAUGCAGCUUGAUCCACCAGUCAUACCAAAGUCCCUUCCCAAACUAGAAACCCAAGAGAAGUUCACCUUAUCUUGCUCCCUUGAGAUGGUGAAGAGUCUUGGAAUUGAAAACAUGGAGUCCAACUCAUCUUUACUAAUGUUUGGGGAUUCUUCUUCUACAACCCCAAUCGGUCUCAUCAAGGACUUUCCUUUGAAGAUUGGAGCUUGCACCAUUCCUAUUGACCUCACUGUUUUGAAGAUGGCAACUGAAAAGAGAGUCACAUUGAUCCUUGGAACACCAUUUCUCACAACAGUAGGAGCUUGCAUUGACUUUGCCAACAAGAAGUCUCCUUUGAUGAAUGUGGAGUAUUGUGGAACCAUCACUUGUGGAGAACUUCCACAUGAGAAGAUCAGAGAUGAAGUGAUGGCUAGUGAAAAACAAAUUCUUGAUGGAGAGUCAUCUCAUGAGAUGUGUGAUGAGCACUUGGAAAGUGCUAAAAUGGAGGAGGUGGGUAGAGCCACAAAGGCUACUCAUGACAAGAAGAAGAUGAUCAAAGAACCUUAUCCCACUCCUAUUGAGAAAUCUUCACACAUUCUCAUUCUUUAUCCAAUGAAGAUCAAAGAUGGAGUGAUUGAGUACAAGAUCAGGUGCAAGGGAAGGUCUAAGUCAUUCUCAGGUGCAAGGGCCAUCAUAACUCCUCAGCUCCAAGAUGAUUCAUUCAAGCUUCAAGAGCUCCUCUCUCAGGUCCUCACCAUCACUCUUGAAAGUGGGAAGGAUCCUCCUUCUCCACUCUCCGCUUGA